UGGAGGGAGAAGGGCGCUGUCUCCCCCCUUAAGGAUCAAGGCCAAUGCGGGAGUUGUUGGGCAUUCUCAACAGUUGCUGUGGUGGAAGGGAUCAAUAAAAUUGUGAGGGGGGAGUUGAUAUCUCUGUCAGAGCAAGAGUUGGUGGACUGGUUCUGAGAUUUAUUUGUUCUUUAUCAAAUUAUGGAUUUGGACGGUUUUGAUUUGGUGUAACAUGAUCAGCUUUACCGCUUCCUUGUGAGCGGCAGCAAUUUCAAUGUCGUGAUACUGAAGGGCAAGUUCUUAAUUUAUCUCAGAGUUCCACUGACUCACCGAUUCCAACCAUCAAAACCCUAACUCGGAUCCGUACCCUACAACAUGGCUUCCGUUUCAGAGAUGCUUGGAAACCCCAUCAAGUUGAGUGGUGCAGCAAGGUCAGCACCAUCAGCUUCUAGCCCUGCCACGUUCGAGAGGCUCAUGCAGGGCAAAUAGUUGCUGUAUUUGGUGUUGAUUGUGCAUCAGGAGAUACGUUUACUGAUGGAUCAGUUAAAUACACAAUGACUUCCAUGAAUGUUCCUGAACCUGUAAUGUCAUUAGCUGUACAGCCAGUUUCAAAAGAUUUUGGAGGGCAAGUAUGUAGUUUCUUUAUGUAACACACUGACCACCCUGUCCCAGCUUAUCAAGUAUUUGAUUUUCUUGGUAUAUCAUAGUUUUCAAAAGCUUUGAAUCGCUUCCAGAAAGAGGAUCCUACAUUCCGUGUUGGUUUAGACCCAGAGAGUGGGCAGGUAUAUUGAACCACUUCCGGCAGGAUCACCAACUAAAUUCGAAUUUGAAAACCUCCUUGUUGGGCAAGCUAUUCCAUCAGGUUUUAUCCCUGCAAUUGAAAAAGGUUUUAAGGAAGCCGCCAACUCGGGGGCUUUAAUUGCACAUCCUGUCGAAAAUCUUAGAGUUGUCUUGACAGAUGGUGCUGCUCAUGCUGUUGAUUCUAGUGAACCUGCAUUUAAGUUGGCUUCUAUCGAUGCUUUCAGACAGUGCUAUACAGCUUCCAGGCCAGUUAUAUUAGAACCUGUUAUGCUUGUUGAGCUGAAAGUACCAACAGAAUUCCAAGGAGUCGUUGCUGGUGACAUUAACAAGAGAAAAGGUGUUAUUGUUGGCAAUGAUUAGGAAGGAGAUGACUCUAUCAUCACUGCCCAUGAGAGAUGAUGGAAGAACCGCGACGUCUCAUGAAAGUAUGGGACAGGGACCGAUUUGUCCUUUUUUUCUUUGGACAAGAGUCGCGAUGUCCAUCAAAGAAAAGGAUAGGGAUCGAAUUGGGUGUUCACUCCAAACUAAAUGACCAAAGUGAAUUAUUAGACUUAAGUCCUAAGUACCAUUUUAAGUUAAUUAAAAUUUAAAGAUUUUAAUUGAGACAAAUAUGGAAUUUGAGAGGCCAAAUUAAAUUUUUAUUACAAAAACAUAAUACAUUAUUUUUAAGUAUAUCCUUAGUAAAUAGAAUUAUUUCAAAACAAUAACAAGUUUUGAGUAAUUCAAAGAAAAUUUAAAUAAAAUAAAAUUUAAUAUAAUUUGGGAACAUUAACCGUUCACAUGAAAAUACUAUACUAAUAUUGUAAUUACAAUAAUUGAAAGUGAGAUAUCAGAAAUUAAAUACUUUUUAUUAAUAUUAGUUAAUAUUUUAUAUAUUUUAUUUUUAUACUAUUAAAAUUUAUGGUUUAAGAUUUUAAAUUAGUACAAAAAUAUCUCUUGGCUAUUGGUCAAGUAUUAACAAAAAAUAAUAAAUUUUAUUAAUAAUGUGAUAUUGCUCUUAAUUGAAAAUACCAUUAUCGUACUUUUCUCUUUUGAUUUUCAACUAUAAUAGUGUCACUAGACUUUGGUUUAGUUGUACCUCACCAUCUAAAUCCAUUUUCUGAAUCCUAGAACAUCUAGUGAUAGAAAAACAUUAAGGGAUUGAGUGGUUAAACCAAAUAACUUUUUUUCGCUAUGCAUUUUCACGAAGAACCUGAUUAAUUUCAUCACAAAUAUUCUCUUUCAUAAACACCUAAAAAAUGCCACUAGAUAAGGAUGUGGCUCAUUUCAACUAAUCAACGUUCUUACUAAAUUCAACCACUUCAUGAAAUCCCCUUUCUCACAACCACUCCAAAACUCACCCAUGCAUUCUCAACUAUAUAAUACCAAGGUUUUGUAUUCAGUUGCACUCAACAAAAAAGGACUCUACUAAAUAGAAGUAGCAAAAUCUACAUCUGAAAUACUUGGAAACAAGAUGUUGAUAAGAUCAUUAUUUACAGCUUCAAUGGCAAUGUUAAUUACCGUUGCUCAAUGGGAAGUGAUUGGUGUAUCCGCAAUUGACCCGAUUGCAGCCACGGGAAAAGAACCAAUCAUUGAGUUGUACAUGCACGACAUUCAAGGAGGAAGCAGCCCAACAGCUAGGCCGGUUACCGGCUUGCUGGGCAACAUUUACAGCGGGCAAGUGCCUUUUGCGAUGCCAAUAGGAUUCAACAUCCCGCAAGGUCAGACUGCUGUCCCCAAUGCCAAUGGUGCUCUUCCAACUGUCAACGGAGUAUUCGGGAUCCCACUUGGAACCGGCUUGGCUGGUACAAGCUUUGCAGGAGACUCAGGCAACAAUAACAACCAGAAUAAUGCCCAGUUGCAGUUAGGACCUGAUGGUUUGGGACUUGGUUUCGGCACAAUCACUGUAAUUGAUGAUGUUUUAACGGCUCAACCAGAGCUGGGGUCACAAAUAGUUGGGAAAGCUCAAGGAGUGUACGUGGCGAGUUCGGCAGAUGGGAGUAGACAGAUGAUGACAUUUACCGCCUUGUUCGAAGGAGGGGAGUAUGGAGACAGCCUUAACUUCUAUGGCCUCUACAAGAUAGGGAGCACCAUGUCGCAGUUAUCAGUGAUCGGGGGCACAGGAAAGUUCAAGAACGCAAGCGGUUUUGCAGAGCUCAGAGCUCUUAUCCCCCCAGGACAGGUUUCCACUGAUGGAGCAGAGACAUUGCUAAGAAUCACUGUCCAUUUGAACUACUAAAACUAUGAUGUCAAGAAUAUAAGAACAACUGGGUGCUGUUUGAUUGUAGAUGACUGUGAGAUUGGUCUUGUAUUUUGUCAGUUUGUUGCAGAAUGUAUCAGAAAUCUUCAUUGUAACCCCAAGAACCAUAUGGUGAUUUGUUUUCUUUUCUUCU